AUGAAUAAGGGAGUUGAGAUCAUUGAUAUUAAUGAACUGAUUGAACUGUUCUUUACUGGAAAUGAAGACAUUUCGGUUCUCCGCUCUGCCACACCACAUUUGAAUGAUGGGAAUGCUGAUCUUAAUCGUAUUUCCAAACUUUUACCAAGAAUAAUAAAGCAUGCCUGUGAUGCUGGUCAGAAAUCAGAUACUCAAAUCAAAGAUUAUACUGAGAUUUUGGUGGAUUUACUUGUAUUUCUAAUAUCAAAGAGCACAGACCAUGCUAUUAUCUUUAUCGGAGAUAUCCUGAAAGCUUUAGAAGAUGUUACGAAUGAAUGCCAGACAACAAUGUAUUAUGAAGUUGCUGUGACGUUAUUCCAAAAUAUGUCUAUCCUCGCUUCCGCUACGAGUUUCAUAAUAAAGUUCGACCCGUCUAUAAAUUUUCACGCUUCUUUUAAAGCAUCUACUGUUCUUCCAGCCAUGUUCGAUCUAAGUGUCAACGCGCCUAGAGAAGUUGUAAAUUGUUUGUUAGAGGAAAACUUGUAA